AUGGUGAGAGAGUGGCUGCAGUGGGUAGGCCGGAGACGGCGGCGUUCAAAGGGAAAAGACGGUGAGGAAAUGAGUUCCUCCGGCGGCUGCAUUUCUGCUGUUUUCCAGAUAUUUGAUUUGCAACAUCAUCCUUUUCGUCACCACACCCACUUUCUUCACGAACAAUCCACUACCAAAUUUGAAGGAUUAGAGGCACCGAGAAACAGCUUGGAGGCCGUGGAGGAGGCCGACGCCGUGAAAGCUACAAGCUCGAUAAUAUCUCAAUCAAAAGAAGAAGAAGAAGAAGAAGAAGUAGGCAUUAACAAAAUCAAAACAAAAAUUAGUUCAGUAUCAACAAAAGAGGAGCAUAAUUAUAAUGCAUCUUCAGAUUGCUCCCCAGGCCCAAUUACAACCCCUAACCUUGUGGCCAGGCUGAUGGGCCUUGAUCUUCUCCCACAAUCCAUUAACUCUAAUUCCACUCCCAAAGCAAAACUUCACAUACAUAAACGCACAGCAAGUGAUGAUAUCGGCAUCGGUGCCCGACGUAAAUCGGGUAUCGAGUACCACAGGCUCUCCCUGCAGAUCAACAAGGAGACCCAGUUCGCAAUUUCGGGUAAAAUGAAGGGCAAAAAUGCAACAACAUUUAACAAGGAAAAAGUGAGAGCAGCUGCUGGCUUGGUUGACAUCACCAACACAUAUCAUGGAGACAGAGAGGCGGAGAAGAUUAUGAGAAGGGACAAAAAUCUAUCUCUUUCUCACAAAAAUAACAAUGCGGACCAGCCGAGGGGGAUUUUGAGGGAUGGGAACAAAGUUGGGGUUGGAAAUGGAAAUAUUUCUUCUGCUGUGGGGAAAUUACAGACAGCUCCCCAAACUUUCGAUUAUUCCAUUGCGGACCAGAAAUCGGAGGCAUUUGUUAGGAAAGGCAGAGCAAAUAAUAACCAGAAAAAGAGGAAGAAUGUGAAGAAGGAGAAGAAGAAAGAAUCAGCUUCGAGUGAAAUUGUGAAUGUGAAUGGGCCCACAUUUCUGCCAGUCAAGAAAGAUCCUUCACCUCCUGCUACAAAAUUACCACAAAAACAGUCACAGCAGGUAUCAGAUGCCCUGUCAUCGAAAAGGAGCACACGGUUAUCUCGUAAUCUGGGCCGUUCGUACAAGCAGGCGUCCCUCCAGCCAGAUCAAAUCUCCACCGUCCUUCCAGAUAGAAUUAACGGUUGCGCCACCGCGCCGGAAUACAGACAAUACAUCCAGAAAAUCCUGAAACGCGCGGGCCUCAACAACAGAUUCUCCCCAUCAACCUUAGGCAAAUGGCACACAGCUUCUCACCCGCUAGAUCCCUCCAUCUUCUACCACCUCGAGCUCGCCGUCGCCGGCGGCGGUGCCGGAAUUUUGAGCCGCCGCUGCAAUCGGAAGCUGAUCUUCCAGCUAGCCGACGAGCUUCUGGCCGAGAUCCUAAAACCGAAGCUGGAUUUCAAGCCGUGGGCUGAUGUUAGCACGAUUCCGGCUGACAAUUUGGAUAUGUGCGGCGAACUGUGCCGGCGAAUAGGGGAUUUCCCGGCGGCGGACUGCAGAGUUCUGGAGGAUAUUGACUCGUUGAUAGAGAGGGAUUUGCGGGGGUCGAUAUUGAAUAACGGGUUUUUGGAGGAGGAAAGAGAGAGAUUGGUCUGUGAGAUUGAAGGGGAGAUUACGGAGUGGCUGGUGCGGGAGACGGCGGCGGUGGUGCACGGCGGCGAUGCGGAGGAGGGAGGGGCGGGAAGACGACAGGUGGCACGUGCAGAAGGGAGACGUCACGUGAGGUUGUUAGUGGGGAAUCAUCCACGUGGAGGGUAG